AUGUAUGCUUUAGAUGAUUUGAAGCAGAUUCAAAAAUCAUCAUCCGAUUCUUAUCUUUCACUUUAUCCCAACUCUCGAGUGGUUUUUAUCUCGCCAAAAGUGUUUACCUUGGAGAUGUAUCCAGUGCCAACCCACGUUGAAUGGCUAUUAGGUCAAAUUCUAAAUCCCCUCAAAAUCAAAUUCGAGAAACCUAUAGAAUUCGAUUGGGAAGAGAGAAAAAGGACAGCCGUUGAAAGCGGGUUAUUUACAGUCUUGACAACGAGACUAAUUCAACGAAAUCUGAUCAUGCGUCAUCAUAUGGUAUUCACCGAGAUUCCUUUAGCUGAAUGUCCGGGUUUACGUUUGAAUGUACUUCAUUCGAUGGAUUUCUUUACCUACAUGGGUCCCUUACUACUUGUUCUGCAAUCAACCAAUCCUAGCGCUAUUGGUGUCUGGGAUACAACUCUUUUAUCACCAGUGAAAGUAGCUCCUGAAGAUAUCAAGCAUGUUUCACAGGAAGGUCUUGUUGAAGAAGCUCAUAAGCGAGGCUACCGCGUGGCUUUUGUUAAUCUCAAUCAUCUCACCUUGGAUGGUCUUGUCCCUUCCACAAAAAUAUCAGUUUGGGUACAUAGGAGGGCUGAAGAACCUUUCAUCUAUCCCCUCUCCGAUUAUUCGAUGGUGGAUCCAGGACAAGUCUUCCUUUCUACUUUGAUUAUUCAACGCCUUCUUGAUUGUCCAGCAUUGGUGAACUUAAUGCUUUUCAAUUCUUCUCUGGCUUUUCGCACACUCAGCGAAAGUGAGUCCGAAGCAUUGGAUUUCAAAUCUCAGGAGGAGACCUCUGACGAAUUCGUCUCCCCCAAUGGAGAGAACGAAUUGGGUUUCCAUGAGGAAAAUCUACAGGCCUGGGUCGGUCGAGCCCUAAAGUACUGGCUCAGUUUGAAGUCCAAAGUGAAGGCAGUCGCUUUUGUAGUUCCUAGUGAUCCUAUUAUGCAAUCCAUUUAUUUGGAAACUGGAGAUGCUUUUAUGGUUCCAGAUGUUCUCAAAAGCCUGUUAAAUUUGCCAUAUCCAGAGGAUGUUCGAAGUUGGUUUGUGGAUGUACGUACCCAGUUCUAA